UCUAUUCGACAUAAAAUGGAAGCUAUCUCAUCAUUCUCAUGCCCACAGGCACGCCACAGGCCCACAGAAUUCGUAUUCUAUGUACUCUCUGGCCCACCAUUCCCCUUAAAGGUCACCAAAAACAAAAUUUACGGAAAAAGUCUGUCUGGUAACCUGGUUACUAAGGAGGUUACGCCUCUCUUAACAGAUGUCUCUUCAAUAGCACCGGCUGCGGCGCCAAAACAGAUCGAAUUUCCAAGAAAUUUCUUGGUCAUGAAGGACGCUGUAAAAGCCAUUGAAUAUUACAUGAAUAAUUUUGUAUUCGCUUUCUAAUUGUCACAUUGAAGUAAAAAGAAAUGAACUGGAGUGGUGGAUACAAACACCGUUUCCGGCUAAAUACUGAGAUUCGUAAAACUGCCUUUCAACAACAGAGUCGCAUAAUUCUCGUUGACCUCGUGAAGCAUGAUGAUCUUGAACAAACCGGUCAAAUUUCCCUAAACAAUGGACAGAAGUUUACAAUGAUUCCUCCUAAAGUAGAGGCAGUUUCAAAUGAUGAUAUCUCAAUACGUCAUUUUGGGAUUGGAACUCCAUUUCACAACAUUCCUUGUGGAUCUUCAUCAGAUACUGAAGGAUCUGGAAAUGAUGAAAUAUCAAGUACAAGAUAUAGUCCCGUUUCAUUAGACCAGGAAAGUACAGCUGAGCAUCACAUAACAAGCACAUCUGAAGAGGAACAAACAAAAGUUCCAUUAAGUCACAAGGUUAAUGAACUUUAUGAGGAUUCAAACCCUGGUGAGGUUCUUUUUCUACAAGAAAGUUCACCGUCAGGAUGUAGUUCAUUUCUCAGCAACUCAAAUGUUGAAUGUUUUACUUCUCCACCUUAUCUCAACCCAAAUCCUUACUCUUCAACACCAAAUUUGAGUUUUCUAACUCCCGUCAUACAUCGCGAGAACACUGUAAGACAUUCAAGCAAAGAUCGACGUUUUUGUCAACAAAAUUGGGAUAAUUCCAACCUUCACAAUUUACCGUACUUGACACCCCUUACCGACGAACCAGUCAUUAUACAAGAAAACUCAAUUUUUAAGAAUCGAACUCAAACAGAUAAUCGAGAAGCUCCUUCAACAAAAAAUCGCUCAAUGUUUGUUCCAGUAGACGUAACUCCUGCUCAACGAAAACAAGUUCAUUUCUAUACUUCUGACCAAGAAAGUAGUACAGCUGAGCAUAGAGUAAAGAACUUUUCUGAAGAGAAUCAAACUAAUGCCUCGACUCCAGCCAGAGAGCAGUAUGACGAUUCUAGCGUGUAUGCACCACGCAAUAAAGAUACCCUUGUCACCUCCAUUGCCGGUUGUUCAACUCCCAGAUCUUAUUAUGUAAACCAACAUUUUCACUACCCAACACCAACUUUGGGCUCUACUACUACAGCAACACACCAGGAGAACCUCGUCGGAUUUUCAACAAAAGAUCAACGCAUCCCUGGAAUGAAAGAUUCUCCCCUUCAGUAUUUACCGUGCUCCACAUCGAUUAACACCGACACAAAAACGACAAUACCUUCUCAAACAACUCCCAUUGGAUCGAACGUUGAUAAUCAUAAUAAUUCUGCUCAAGUAAACUGGUCAAUGUUUCCGCCGUUAGUCGUCACUCCUGCUCAACAACGGCGCGUGCAAUUUGCGUCAUCCGUUCCCCUUCAGAAAAUUAAAGUUAUUGUAAAUAACGCAGUUGUUCCUAUGAAAGAGACUUCUAACUUGAAUACUUCUAUUCCUGGCACAUCAUUUCCAAAUGGGUCGUCAAUGGACUUCUCAAAAUACGUGUCGCCCCCUAAGCAAGAACACGCUGUUGUGAUCACAGAGGGAAUUGUCUCAGAUCAACACGAAUAUUGCAAGGAAGAAGCUAUUCGUCUAGUCCAAUCAUCUAGCAAAACAGUCACAACCUAUCCUGUUCAUUCCCUCAUUCAUACCCAGGACGGAACUACAAACGCCAGUGAAAAUAGUAAUAACCAAGCUAAUCCAAAGUUUACUACUCGAAAAAGAAAACAAAGCGUUGCUUCUUGGAAAACUUCAGUUCGCAAGAAAUUUAACGGUAGAUGCACUCAUCAUUGUCGUUGUCGUACCGUUAUUCGAAAAGUCAAAAUCCGUGACGCUGAAACUCAAACUUCUUAAUAUUUACUUCACUUGAAAGGCAGCGCUGUUUGUGUUUGUUUUAACAUAAGUUACUUCCUCGCGGUUUCUUCAUUAUUUUAGUUACGGUUUACUUCUUGAUGUUUCAGUAUUGUCCAUGGUUAAGACUC